CGACGAGGGCAAGAGAUCCGCGCGACUGCGGCAUGGGGACGCCGGACGAGACCAAGGGACAUGGGCCCGAGCACGAAGACAACCAAGCCGAGGAAGAACACGUCAAGGACGAGGAGCAUGUCGUCGACGGAAGCGAGGCAAGCGCGCUCCAGCGCAUCCGCCCGGACGAGACGUACACGGGCGCCCAGCUCGCGCUGCUCAUCCAGCAAGCCCAACUCGAGGCCGAGCACAAGUGGAAGAAGAAGAUGGCGGAUGUCAUGGAAUCCCAUCGCCAUGUCCAGAUCGAGCUCGUGAACGUCCAGACCGAGCGCGAGCUCCUCCUCCAGACGCACGAAGCAACCAAGACAGCGCUCCAAAAGCUCAUGCAGUUUGAGGACGAGAAAGCUGCCGCAACCAGCGAUACGACGGCCCGAGAAGCUCUCGUUGCAGCGCUCGAGGUCGAGCGCACCGCGCGCGAGACGCUCGCGAACGAGUGUCUUCAACUGCGGGAAAAGCGCUUGCAGCUCACGCGACGCAUCGCGGUGCUCGAGCACCAGAUCGUCAAGUACCAGCAGACCGAAACAGUCCUCGCACAGUCGAUCUCUCAUUUUCAGCACCGCGUCGAUGCCAAGGAGCACCAGCGGGCAGAGGACAUGGAGCGGCUCAAGGACGAGAUUGGAGACGCGACACGGGCCGAGGUUGACACGAUCAAGGCUGAGUAUCAGAGCGUGCUGAGCGCGCUGACCCUUGUCCAAAGCGACGUCAAGAAAUACCAAGAAGAGAACGAGCGCUUAACGACCGAGCUCGAAGACGUCAAACAAAACAUCCAUAACGACGAAGCGAUGACGGAAGGACUGCGUGCGCGCGUCAAGCAGCUCGAGACCGAGAAGGCCGUCUUGCAGAGCAAGGCCGAGCAGCUCCAGAAGGCGGAUGCCUCUCUCCGCUACCGUCUGAACGCGGCGGAGCACCGGGCGAAAGAACUCCAAGCCGAGAUCGACGUACUCAAGACACAAGACACGCACACAUUAAAGCGACGCGUCGACGAGCUCGAGGCAAAGCAAGACGAGCUCCUCAUGGAGAACGCCCAACUGCAAGAAACUACGCUGCUGUCAACAAGAUUGCUGCGGACCUCAUUCAAUUGGCCGAAGCGCGAGAGAUGGAAGAGCAGACGUUGAAGCGUCAAAAGCCCAAUUGAGCUGUGUAAUAGGAACUGGACAUGAUGCGUUGUCGUACGUGUCUUAUCGAGGC